AUGAGAUAUCUAGCCCGGUGGGCACGUCAAAAUGUCAAAACCUCGUACGAGCCAAUCAAAAAUGAAUCCGACAAUUUAAGUCACUUGGUCGAUGAUGGGAUCCCAUGGCCAAAGAAGAAGCGCAAAGCAAUGUUGAACAGUGGCAUGGUGGAAGUCCUUCAAGGGGUGGAGAUCCUCUUGUGCGCAGUGGUGGUUCUCUGCAAUCUCACAGUGCUGGCCUUGGUAUCAUUCGGGUUCAUCAAUAUCUCCAUUGUCCGGGAAGCUAGCAUUCCACCUCUGCUGGAAACGAAAACAACCACAAUCUUUAUCGAAGACCCCAAAUUCGCCGCUCGUGCACUUAACGCAGCAAGCUCAUGGCAGAACUUGACAAACAAUAUGGACAUAGGGAAGGUAUACAUUGCCGACCCUCAACGUCAUAAACUGUUCCCAUCAGAGAUCCAAAGUGACAUCCCAGGGUAUGACCUCUACCCAGUCGCGAUGUAUCACCAGUUGCAUUGUCUGGGGACGAUUCGUCGCUUUUUCUACUCCCUGGAAAUAAGUGAGGAGGAUGCAUAUGGAGGGCACGUUGGGCAUUGCUUUGACUAUCUGCGCCAAAGCAUCCUUUGCUCCGCGGAUCUCACGCUGGAGAACACUGGUGUGGGCUGGGAGGUGGAACAUCUGUGUAGGAGCCCGGAUGAAGUGACAUCAUUCAUGAAAGCGAAUAACGACGAUGUACGGAGGAGACUGAUGAAGUAG